CUGCUUCUCUUUAGUUUAACAGGAGAACUCAGACAGCAGCAUGCUGCCACCAAACCUGUUGAUAGUGUGGAUGGUCGUCUUUCUGGCAACAACUGUCUCUACGGCUCCUGUGGAAGAGAAGGAGAGGGAGGAGGUGGAGGUGGAGGCCACAGAGGAGGGGGAGGGGGAGCUGUCAGAGGAGGAAGAGGAUGAUGAUGACUCCAAGAGUCAGGAUAAGAUUGAGGGCAUUCCUGGUGGGCAGCAGACCACCACGGCGGCAGCCGGAGGUUCAGUUUCGAGGGGUCAGACAGCAGGAGGAGGGAGAGGUGAUGGAACAGCAGGAGGAGGGAGAGGUGAUGGAACAGCAGGAGGAGGGAGAGGUGAUGGAACAGCAGGAGGAGGGAGAGGUGAUGGAACAGCAGAAAGCUCUGCAGGUUCUGCAGGUUCUGCAGCAGCACCAGAACUCUCUGGUGUAUCUGCAGGUCACACUGAAGCUGCAGGUUCUGACGGAGUUGACUCUGAGUCCAAUGGUAAUGGACAGAAGCUGCUUAAUGGAGGAGGAGGAGGAGGAGAAGACAGAGCUGACAGUCAGACAGGUGUGUUGGGGUCAUUUGGGGUCGGAGUUUCUCACCUGGAUUAUACAGGUGAGUGUCCAGGAAUCAUCGACCCAUCCACUCAUGACUUCCUGCUUGGCCUUAUGGGUCACAUGACUCCACCCACUCAGCUGGACUCCACAGUGAUCAGUUCAGGUGUGACAGCAGCCCCAUCUGCAGAGCAGAACAGCGGCUCCAGCCUUGACUCACCUGCAGAUCGUGUUCAUCAAGCUGACAUCAGCAUCGACCAAUCAGGACUAGACCACACCGCUAUGAGCUCAGGACCUGAUCAAUCACUGUCCAGCUCUGUCUCAGGCUCCUCCCACUCUGCAGUCCAGGAAGCUGCAGCAGCUUCAUCUUCAUCACACAGUGAAGCUCACAGAGGACAAACAGAUGGAGGUGACUCACCUGAUACUAAUGGAAAUGGUCGACAGACUCAGCUGACAGACACAAACGCAGUGACCGACCGACCAGUUCCCUUCAAUGACCUCCAGACUGAUCUCACUGCAGGUGGAGCACAGUCAGUGACCAGUCACAUCGACCUCACAGCUUCAGGUCUUGGACUGGGACAUGAUGUCACAGAAUCGUCCCCUCUCGUCCUCCACACAGAGACUGUAAAUGCCUUCACGCACACACUGAACUCAGUUUCAGGUGUGUACUCCCACACAGACCUGGUUACCAUGGCAACCGACUCCACAGGGACAAACACAGUGACAGCCGAUCCAACAAGAAGUUCAACUGACUCCAGUCGUCCAGCUGUGACAGAUCACACACAGGCAGCUGGUUCAGUCACUGAACAGUACAACCCAUCUGGUCAGGGUCCUGAAGGUGCAGAAAAUGUGGAACUGGAGGAUACCUGCUGACUUCCACAUCAAACCGCGAGUUCGAUUCCUGCGCUACAGAUUCCAGUGUACUGACCAAACAGCGUGGCCCAGGAAAUAUGACCCAUCCCGCUAGCUGUAGGCUCCGCCCUAUGAGCAGCAGUGGCUCAUUGGUGUUUUUUAAAUAUUUAAAAUGUGGAGUUUGUUUAUAGACAUUUAUUUUGUUUUAGAAUAGAAUAAAAAUAAAGUUUCAGCCAAAUCUCGACUGGUGGGUGAUUCUGUUUUGACCUGAGGGCAUCAUGCAGGAUGUAACUGCAGGAUUUUCACUGUCUUGAUUGUAAAAUGUGGUUUUAAACUUAUACAAUAAAUGUUUUUGUCUAUUUUGA